AUGUCAACGGAUUUCGAAAGACACUUCCAAGAGUCGGUAGACGGCUGCUCGCUGGAGUCGUUGAGAGACAUCCUGGUCAAUAAAUCUGGGAAUGCUGAGCUGGCCAACCGGUUCAGAGCGUUGUUUAACCUGAAAUGCGUGGCUGAGGAGUUCGAAAAAAGGCCUGAGGAGGCUAGAAAGGCCGUGGAUUACAUCUCAGAAGCAUUCGGCGACUCGAGUGAGCUUUUGAAGCACGAAGUGGCGUAUGUGCUGGGUCAAACCAAGAACAUGCACUCCGUUACUGCGUUGAGAAAGGCUACUUUGGACCAGAACCAGCAAUGCAUGGUCAGACAUGAGGCAGCAGAGGCGCUUGGAGCGCUUGGCGACAAGGACUCUCUGGAUGUGUUGGAAGAAGGGUACAAGAACGAUCCAUCUCUGGCCGUCCGGGAGACCUGCGAGCUGGCCAUCAACAGAAUCAGGUGGCAGCACAGCGACGCUAGGGAGCGCGAGAACCUGCAGCAAUCCUUGUAUUCCAGCAUAGACCCUGCCCCACCGCUGGCGUUGGACAAAGAUUACAAAGUGGACGAAUUGAAGUCGAUCCUGAACGACACUGAGAAGCCGCUGUUCGAGAGAUACAGAGCGAUGUUCAGAUUACGAGACGUGGGCACCGACGAGGCUGCGCUGGCCCUGGCGACCGGUUUCGACGAUGAGUCCGCGCUGUUCAAGCACGAGAUCGCCUACGUGUUUGGUCAAAUGGGCAAUAAAGUCGUUGUGCCAAAACUGAUCGAAGUGCUUGGACGUAAGAAGGAGGCUCCUAUGGUGAGACACGAGGCAGCCGAGGCUCUGGGUGCAAUUGCCUCAGACGACGUUCUGCCCGUCCUGAAAUCCUACUUGAACGACGAGGUUGACGUCGUCAGAGAGUCCGCCAUCGUGGCUCUAGACAUGUACGAGUACGAGAACAGCAACGAGCUGGAGUAUGCCCCAGCCUGA